GUGAAAGGAGGAGAGAGGAGGAAGAACGAAGAAGAAGAAGGAGCUGAGGAAGAAGAAGUUUUGUUUUUUUUCCUCGCACCCCCGCUCGUUUGAAACAUCGCCAUCGUCUCACGCACAACUCCCUCCCGCACCUCCUGGACAUCCUCCAAGGCCGAGCGAGCGGCGGACUCCCCUCCGCAGCAGCCGUCUUCUGGAGCUCUACCUGUGUGACUUCCCUCCCUCCCUCCCUCGCUCCCUUGCUCACCCGUCUCACUCAUCUUUCCCGUCUCUCCUGGCCCCCACUCCUCUUUCUCUCUCUCUCUCCCUCCGCCCCAUCCAGGCGCUCUCUGACCCCUCGGCCCCGUGAGGGCAGAUGGCCAUGGCGCGGGCCUCUCUCGGGGGUGCCCUAGGCUGUGCCCUGCUGGCCCUGGUCCUGGGGAGCGGCACUAUGGAUUUGGGGUCCCCGCCCGCCGGGUUCUACCCCCGCUUCAACCCCUUCUUCUUCCUGUGCACCCACCACGGGGAUCUGGAGGGGACGGGCAUCGCCGAGGCCAGCGGAGAGGUGCUGCUCAGCCUCCAAAUCACCGGGAACCCCACCGCCUACACCCCCGGGCAGGAGUACCAAGUGACCAUCUCCACCAGUACGUCUUUUGAUGGUCUGCUGGUGACGGGCCUCUACACCUCCACACCAGUCCAGUCCGCCCCUAUCCCGGCACCUGCCGCCUUCGGCUUCGGUGUGAUGCCAGAGCGGCAGUUCAGUGGGACCCAGUUUGUGUGCAGUGUGGUGGCAUCCCAUGUCAGCCACCAGCCCUCAACCAGCUUCAGCUUUAUUUGGAUUGCCCCUCCACCCGGCACUGGCUGCGUUAACUUCCUGGCCACGGCUACACACAGAGGACAAAUCAUCUUCAAGGAUGCUCUGGCCCAACAGCUCUGUGAGCAGGGAGCCCCAACUGAGUCCCCAUUGAGACCAAGCCUUGCGGAAAUCCACCGGAAGCAUGCUGUUCUGCGUGACGACUUCGACUCCAACCUGCAAGUGGAGUUGGACCCAAACAUUUGGUCCGAGUGCAGCGGCUGUGAGGUGGGAGAGCAUUGCGGGGUGCUGAUGCACGGCAGAGCGGUCACUUUCUGCGAGCCCUUCGGAGAGCGAGAGCUGAGCACUGUGCCUCUCAACACCAGCACUGCCUCCGUCCUGCAGUUCGCCCUGGGCUCAGGCUCCUGUCGGUUCAGCUACUCAGACCCCAGCAUCCUUGUGUCCUACAGCCUGGUCAGUGGCAGCAACGGCUCAGAUGACUGGAUCACCUUGGAGAAGAUCAGGGCUCCCACCAACAGCAGCACUGUGGUCCACCUGCUUCCACUGCCGCGGGGCUGCAGGGCCGAGGGCGUGCGUCUGCGCUGGUCCCAGGAGCCCCCCCAGGGCCCCGAGGGUUAUGAGUCCUGCUGGGGGCUGGACAACAUACUGCUGGUCAACGCCGCCCACAGACCCACACUCAUGGAGGACCACUUGGACCCUCCGGACACGGCCAACUGGCUGUUCUUCCCUGGAGCUACCGUUAAGCAUGCCUGCCAGUCGGAAGGCAACGCUCUGUAUUUCCAUGGCGGCGAUGGGGCUGGUCACACCUUUGCUUCCACCAGAGACAUCGACUUGCACCGUGAAGAAGGGAGGAGCUACUGGGAGGAGGACUUUGAGAGCCCACCGUCAAACUGGGACAUUGAAGGGGCCGUCCAUGGGACCCAGUGUGGGGAGAUCGAGUCGGGCUCGGCACUGGUGUUGGAGAAGGAUGGGCGGAGGAAGGUGUGCACGCCCUACCUGGACACCACCUCCUAUGGCAACCUCCGCUUCUACUUCACCAUGGGAGGUGGCGACUGUGACCCGGGAGAGUCACAUGACAACGACGUGAUUGUGUUUGGAAGGUCAGAGGGCAGGAGGGAACGCGUGGUGCUGGACUCUCUCCCCUACUCCUCUUACAGGACUCCAGCUGUUGUGUCGGUGGCGCUGCCCACCGAGCUCCAGACGCCAGUCACCCAGUUCUGUCUGGAGCAGCGGUCACAUGGGGGGGCCAACCGCCACGUGUGGGCCGUGGACUUCAUGCAGCUGCUUCCCGUGUUGCCGGGCACCCACACACAUGUGGCCCAGUUCUCCAUUAACCUGGGCUGUGGCUCCUACCAGCCUGCCAACAGUGUCAGUCUGGAGUUUUCCACUAAUCACGGUCGUACCUGGUCGUUGCUCCACACCGAGUGUCUUCCGGAGCUCUGUGCAGGACCCCACCUGCCUCACAGCACCGUCUACUCCUCCGACAACUACAGCGGUUGGACCAGGAUCUCCAUCCCACUGCCCAACGCUGCCCUGACUGAAACCACGCAGUUCCGGUGGAGGCAGACGGGGGUUGGAGCUGGCAACAUGUGGGCCAUAGACAACGUGUAUAUUGGUCCAGCCUGCCUUCGUUUCUGCUCUGGAAGAGGACACUGUUCCCGCACAGGCUGCAAAUGUGAUCCAGGCUUCAGUGGUCCAGCAUGUGAGCUGGCCUCCCAGACUUUCCCAGCCUUCCUGUCAGAGGGUUUCUCCAGCCCACGGCUCUCCUCCUACCACAGCUUCUCCUCCCUGCGGGGAGCAGAGGUCAGCUUUGGUUGCGGGGUGCUGGCCAGCGGCAAGGCCCUGGUCUUCAACAGGGACAGCCGGAGACACCUGGUCACCGCCCCAUUGGACAGCUCCCAGGCCAGGUACUUACAGUUUACCCUCCGGCUGGGCAGUCGGAGCACCCUGAGCUCUUGUCCUGCCCCAGACCAGCCAGGAGAGGGCGUCCUGUUGCACUACUCCUCAGACAACGGCAUCACUUGGACUUUGCUGCAGCACUACGCUUACCAGGGUUUCCAUGAACCCAGGAUUGUGUCGGUGGAGCUGCCCCCCGGGGCCCGUAAAUUUGGGGUGCAGUUCCGCUGGUGGCAGCCGUAUCACUCGGGUCGCAGUCAGGAUGUGUGGGCCUUGGAUGAAAUCAGCAUGACCUCUGUACUAUUCAACACCAUUAGUCUGGACUUCAGCAAUGUGCUGGACGUCACCCAGAGCCUGGGCUUUUACCUUGGACACGUCCAGCCCUACUGCCAGCAUGACUGGACCCUCAGUUUCUCUGGUGAGCCCAGCCCCGGCUCCAGUAUCCGCUAUGUGGAGACCCAGUCCAUGCAGAUUGGAGCCUCCUACAGCCUGCAGUUCUCAUUGGUCAUGGGCUGCGGCCGAGAGCCCUCCCCCCACAUUGACACGCAGGUCCGCCUGGAGUUCUCCACCAAUCACGGCCUCACCUGGCACCUAGUGAAAGAGGCUUGCCUGCCCGGUAUGCCCAGUUGCUCUGAAUUCACAGCCCCCAGCGUCUAUCACCCAUCCGAGUUUAAAGACUGGAGACGCAUCACCCUGCCUUUACCCCAGAAGACAUGGUCCAGUGCCACCCGGUUCCGCUGGAUCCAGAACUACUACGGGGAGCAGGAUGAGUGGGCCCUGGAUGACAUCUACAUUGGCCAGCAGUGUCCUAACAUGUGCCACGGACACGGCUGGUGUGACCAUGGUCACUGCAGGUGUGACGAUGGCUUCUCUGGAACAGACUGCCAGCCCUCCUCCCCGCUCUCCUCCAGUGUGCUGUCUGACUUCGAGUCCCAAGAUGCACUCCUGGCCACAUGGCAGGAGGUAGUAGGAGGAGAGGUGGUGACCCCUGACAUGGGCUGUGCGGUGGUCUCUUCUGGCUCCUCCCUGUACUUCAGCAAGGCUGGACUCAGGCAGCUGGUGAGCUGGGACUUGGACACUGAGUGGGCGGAGUUUGUGCAGUUCUACCUGCGGGUGGGCGGAGACUGGGUGGAGUGUAACCAGGCUGACAGCAGGGAGGAGGGGGUGCUGUUGCAGUACAGCAAUGAUGGAGGCAUCAGCUGGGGUCUCAUCGCCGAGAUGUACUUCACUGACUUCACCAAGCCUCGGUUUGUCCACUAUGAGCUGCCUUUGGCCUCAAAGACCCCCUCGACCAGGUUUCGCUGGUGGCAGCCCCUCCACUCUGGAGAGGGAUAUGACCAGUGGGCCAUUGACGAUGUCAUCAUUCUGUCUGAGAGGGAAAAGCACAUCAUCCCCAUGGCCAAUCCUACUUUGCCACAGAACUUUUAUGAGAAACCAGCAUUUGAUUACCCUCUGAACCAGAUGAGUGUGUGGCUGAUGCUGGGUAAUGAGGGCAUGGAGAGGGAGAGCAACGGCAGCUUCUGUGCCCCCACACCCUCUGCUAUGGUGUUUGGACGCUCCGAUGGCGACAGGGUGGCAGUCACCAGAGACCUGACCCUACGCCCAGGCUACACCCUUCAGUUUAAGUUGAACAUCGGCUGUGAGUCAGAAUUCAGUGCAUCGGCCCCAGUCCUGCUGCAGUACUCCCAUGACGCUGGCCGGACCUGGGCCCUGGUGAAGGAGGGCUGUUACCCAGGUACCCCCGGGACAGGUGGCUGUGAAGGCAGUGGGCGUGAGCUCAGGGAGCCCACUGUCUACAACACUGGAGACUACGAGCAGUGGACGAGGGUCACUGUUGUCAUACCGCGCAAUGUUGCAGCCAGUAAAACCAGGUUCCGCUGGUUCCAGGAAAGCAGCAUGCAUCGCGACGCUCCACCCUUCGCCCUGGACGGGGUCUACAUUUCGGAGCCCUGCCCCAACCACUGCGGAGGCCAUGGAGAUUGCAUCUCUGGGGUCUGUUUCUGUGACAUGGGAUACACAGUGGAGCAGGACAGCUGUGUGCUUUCUGUGGCCAGUCCCACAGAGCUGACGGAGGGGUUUGAGGGGAAGCUGAGCCCACUGUGGCAGAGCCUUAGCGGGGGUCAAAUCGGAGGGGGUUGCGGGGCCAUUGGUGAGGGAAAGGCCCUGUACUUCAGUAGUUCGGGCAGGAGGGAGGCGCGUACUGUGCCCCUGGACACCACCAACACACGGCUGGUCCAAUUCUACAUCCGCAUUGGCAGCAAGAGUCUGGGACCCACCUGCACCAGGCCUCGCUCACGAAAUGAAGGUGUCAUUGUCCAGUUCUCUACCAAUAAUGGCAUCCAGUGGCAGUUCCUGAGGGAGCUGGACUUCGGUUCCUUCUUGGAGCCCCAGGUGGUGACCAUCGAGCUGUCACCCCCUGCCAAGACCCCCUACACCGUGUUCCGCUGGUGGCAGCCACAGCAGGGUAAACAUUCUGCCCAGUGGGCACUGGACGACAUUCUCAUCGGGAUGAAUGACAGCUCCCGGACAGGUUUCCAUGACAAGUUUGACGGCACAUCGCCCCUCAGACACAACUGGUAUCGGAUCCAGGGUGGAGAGGUGACUGUGGACUGCCUGUCCCUAGACACAGCUCUUACCUUCAACUCUGAGGCUAUCGACAAGAAGCCCCGGUAUGCUGAGAGCUGGGACUUUGAGGUAUCCGGCUCGUCCUUCCUGCAGUUUGAGAUGAGUAUGGGCUGCAGUAAGUCCACCUCCUUCUCCCACGGUGUGCGGCUGGAAUACUCCACUGACUGCGGCCGCCACUGGGCUCUCAUCACCCCUGAGUGUGUGCCCCCGGCCAUAGGAUGUGCUGGUUACACACAGAGCUCCAUCUAUACCUCCACCCAGUACAAACACUGGAGGAGAAUCACUGUGUACCUGCCAAGCGCCGCCAAUUCCCCUAGGACUCGUUUCCGCUGGAUCCAGACCCACUUUACCCCUGGAGCAGAGGGCUGGGCCCUGGACAACGUGCUGCUCGCUCCCGGUUGUCCCUGGAUGUGCUCAGGACAUGGUCUGUGUGACAAUGGACGCUGCAUGUGUGAUAAAGGUUAUGGAGGGGCUCACUGUGUACCCUUGGCCCCUUUGCCAUCUGUGCUGAGGGAUGACUUUAAUGAGAACCUGCAGCAGGAGACAUGGCCUGAGGUGUACGGCGCAGAGAGAGGGACACUAAGCGGAGAGCCUCUUAAAUCUGGCACUGCCAUGAUCUUCAAAGGGGACGGUCUGCGUAUGUUGGUCUCACGGGACCUGGAUUGCACCAGCACACUCUACAUCCAAUUCUCCUUCAAGUUCAUCACCAAAGGUGUGCCGGAGCGCUCCCACUCAGUGCUGCUGCAGUACUCUGUGAAUGGAGGGAUCAGCUGGCUGCUGCUGGACGAGUUCUACUUCCCCACCUCCACCGACACGCUGUUCCUCCACCUGCCGCUGCCAGCCAGCGCCCAGACCAACGCCACCCGCUUCAGGCUCUGGCAGCCGUACAACAGUGGUAAGAAAGAGGAGGUAUGGGUGAUUGAUGAUCUCAUCAUUGAUGGUAGCUCCUUGAACAACCCACCACUAGUAACAGACAGCUUUGAAGAAGGCCCCAAUGAGUCCAACUGGCUCUUCUACCCCGGGGGUAACACUGGCCUUUACUGUCCCUACCAGAAGACUGGCCUGGAGGAGGAUGAGUCAGCCAUGGUGUUUGUUUCCAGCGAGCUCGGUGAGCACUCCAUCACCACCAGGGAUAUUGACGUCAAUGAGAACACCAUCAUCCAAUUUGAGAUCAACGUGGGCUGCACGGCCGACAGCUCCUCGGCCAACCCAGUGCAUCUUGAGUUCUCUCGGGACUUUGGAGCAACGUGGCACCUUCUGGUGCCCCUGUGUGCCGGCGGGCCCCAGCCCUCGUCCCUCUGUUCCACAGAACUGCACCCCGCCAGCGUCUACUAUGCCGGCACCACCCAGGGCUGGAGAAGAGAGGUCAUCCACUUUGGCAAGCUGCGCCUCUGUGGGUCAGUGAGGUUCCGUUGGUACCAGGGUUUCUACUCAGCUGGCUCUGCUCCUCCCACCUGGGCCCUGGACAACAUCUACAUCGGCCCUCAGUGUCAGGACAUGUGCAAUGGCCACGGGGCCUGUGUCGGCGGCACACACUGUGUGUGUGACCCCGGCUAUUCUGGAGCUGACUGCUCCGUGCCCAACACCCCAAACCCCGACUUCCUUAAGGCGGACUUCGAAGGGGGAGCAGUUGAUGCUGGGCAGUUCAAACAGUUAAGUGGAGGUAAACCAUCCAGAAAGUGUGGCAUCAUGUCCAGCGGCAACCACCUGUUCUUCAGCGAAGACGGCCUGCGCAUGCUGGUCACAAAUGAUAUGGACCUGUCUAACGCUAGGUUUGUGCAGUUCUUCCUGCGUCUGGGCUGUGGUAAGGCUGCCCCAGACCCACGCUCCCAGCCGGUGCUGCUCCAGUUCUCUGUGGACGGAGGUCUGACCUGGGCCCUCCUGCAGGACUUCCUCUUCAGCAACAGCAGUAACCAGGCUCGCCUUGUGGCCCUUGAGAUCCCACUGCGUGCCCGCACCCCGUCCACCCGCCUCCGCUGGUGGCAGCCCUCUGAGAAUGGACACUUCUACAGCCCCUGGGUCAUCGAUCAGGUGGUGGUGGGUGGCAGCGCCAGUGGCUGGGGCCCUCUGGAGGACGACUUCUCUUCCAUUGAUGGCCGCUCUUGGCUCCUCCACCCCGGGGGGACCCGCAUGCCUGUGUGUGGUUCUGACGGGGCCGCCUUCGCCUUCAUAGAGAAGUCCAACACGCGCUAUGCUGUCACCACCGACAUCAGCCUGGGCCAGGACGCCUUCAUCCAGUUUGACUUCUCCGCCUCCUGCUCCGUCACAAACUCCUGCUACUCCAUAGAGUUGGAGUAUUCUCUGGACCUGGGUCUGACCUGGCAUCCUGUGGUCAGAGACUGCCUGCCCACCAGCCCAGACUGCUCCUCCUACACCCUGCAGAGGCUGCUGGUCUCAGACACUUACAACAAGUGGGGCCGUGUCACCAUGCCCAUUCCAUCAUAUGCCAGGUCCCCAGCCACUCGGUUCCGCUGGUACCAGCAGGCUCCCUUUGACAAACAGCAGACUUGGGCUCUGGACAACCUGUACAUUGGAGAUGGCUGCCCAGACAUGUGCUCUGGACACGGCCGUUGCCAGCAGAGCUCCUGCGUGUGUGACCCGGAGUGGGGAGGCGAGUACUGUGAUGAGCCUGUGGUUCCUCUACCUUCUCAGCUGAAGGACAGCUUCAGCCGGGCUCCCUCCCUCAGCCACUGGCACCUGCUGACCGGGGGCAAACUCAGCACCGUGUGUGGGGCAGUGGCCUCUGGAGCUGCCCUGCACUUCAGCGGGAGUUGCAGCCGUCAGCUGGUAACCGUGGACCUGAACCUGACCAACGCUGAGUUUAUCCAAUUUUACUUCAUGUACGGCUGCAUGAUCCAACCUAGCAACCGUAACCAGGGUGUACUUCUGGAGUACAGUUUGAACGGAGGCAUCAACUGGCAUUUGCUGACGGAAAUCUUCUAUGAUCUCUACACUAAGCCAGGGUUCGUGAAUGUUUUGCUGCCCCCUGCUGCCCGUCAGGAGGGAGUGCGUGUGCGCUGGUGGCAGCCGCAGCACGACGGGGCAGACCGGGGUGACUGGGCACUGGAUAACGUCCUGAUCGCAGGUUCGGACCCGCGGGCACAGAUCUCGGAUACAUUUGGAGGCGUGGCCCUGCCCAACCACGAGAGGGCGCCCGCUGACGGCACCCCUGCUGGAAAACCGGCACAACUCAGCGAGCCAGAGGAAACCCCCAUAGUGAGUGAUCACUGGCUGUUCUCUGAGGACUGUGCGGUGCAGCGUUUCUGCAGCUCCCCUGAUGGGGUGAUGGUGUGCGGCAGUGUGGACGGCAGGGAGGUGUAUGCAGUCACGCACGACAUUGUCCCCGACAAGGGCUGGGUCAUGCAGUUCAAGAUUGCGGUUGGCUGCAAUGUCCCGGAGCGCCAUGCAGACCGGCAGGUCCAUGUCCAGUAUUCUGUGGACUUUGGGGUGACAUGGAAGUACCUGGUGCCGCAGUGCCUACCUGCUGAUCCCCGCUGUGGGGGUCAGGUGUCCCAGCCCUCCGUCUUCUUCCCUGCUGACAGCUGGAAGAGGGCCGUCUACCCGCUGCCUGACAGCCUGGCUGACACGGCAGUCCGGUUCAGGUUCUACCAACAGCACUCUGACAUCCAGUGGGGGGUGGAGAACUUCUACAUCGGGCUGGCGUGCUCCGGCCACUGUGGGGGACACGGGGACUGUCUGGACCAGCGCUGCCUCUGUGACCCCGGGUUCACCGGACCCAACUGCUACGCCAGCUCUGCUCUCAAGGCCUCUCUGAAGGAGCGUUUUGACUGGGAGGGGGCAGCGGGGCCCCAGUGGCAGGUACUGGAGGGGGGCCGGCCCUGUACUGACUGUGGGGUACUGGUGGAGGGGACGGCCCUGUACUUUGGAGGAGCGAACGCCAGGCAGGCUGUCACAGCUGACCUGGACCUCCGCGGAGCCAAGUUUGUGGAAUACUGGGCCAGGAUAGGAAGUGAAGAUAACAUGACCUUGUGUCACCGUCCAACCUGCCGCAAAGAGGGAGUGCUGCUUGACUACUCUACCGACGGAGGCAUCUCCUGGACCCUCCUCCAUGAGAUGGACUAUCUGAAGUAUGUGUCAGUCAGGAGAGACUACAUUGUUUUACCUGAGACUGCUCUCACCAAUGCCACCCGGCUACGCUGGUGGCAGCCCUUUACCAUCUCCUCUGGCCUGGCCUCCCCCAGUCUGGAGAGAGCCCAGUGGGCCAUAGACAACAUUCUGGUGGGGGGGUCGGACAUCAACCCCUCCACACUGCUCGACACCUUUGAUGAUGAGGGUGUGUCUCAUGAGGAGAGUUGGAGCUUCUAUCCUCAUGCCGUACGUACAGCUGGCUUCUGUGGGAACCCCUCCUUCCACCUGUACUGGCCCAACAAGAACCAGGACCGGACACACAACAUCCUGGCCACCCGCGAACUCAUCGUGCAGCCUGGUUACAUCCUACAAUUCAAGAUUGUCGUUGGCUGUGAAGCUGACACGUGUGAAGACCACCAUUCUGUCCUGCUGCAGUACAGGAAGGAUGCGAGGUCUGAUUCGUGGCAGUUGGUGCAGUCUGAGUGCCUCCCCUCCUCGGUCAACAAUGUGGGCUGUUCCCCUUUCCAGUUCCACGAAUCCACCAUAUACAGCCCAGUUAACAGCUCCUCGUGGACCAGGGUGACUGUCCAGCUGCCAGACCACGUCUCCUCAGGAGCGACCCAGUUCCGCUGGAUCCAGAGGGAGGGCGCGGGCGAGCGUCACAGCUGGGGCGUGGACAACGUCUACAUCGGAGAGGUGUGCCCGGGGCUCUGCAGCGGCCGCGGCUACUGUACCAGCGGGGCGGUCUGCAUCUGUGACGAGGGACACAUUGGGGACGACUGUUCCUUGUCCAGCAGUGACUUGCCCAGCUCCAUCAAGGACAAUUUUGAGUCCGGCAGUGUCUCGCAGGAGAGCUGGCAGCUGAUCCAGGGGGGUGGGGUGGGCAGCGGCUGUGGUCAGCUCUCACCUCAUGCCCACGGCGACUCGCUCUACUUUAACGGCUGUAAGAUGAGGCAGGCUGUCACCAAACCCCUGGACCUCACCAGAGCCAGCAAGAUCAUGUUUGUGCUGCAGAUUGGCAGCACGGCACAGACAGACAGCUGUAACAUAGCUCUGGACCAGGCCGACACCGUGGACAGAGCCGUGCUGCUGCAGUACAGCGUCAACAACGGAGUCAGCUGGCACGUCAUCGCCCAGCACCAGCCCAAAGACUUUAUCAAGGCUCAGAGAGUCUCCUACAACAUCCCACUAGAAGCGAGGGUUAAAGGGGUGAUGCUGCGAUGGUGGCAGCCUCGCCACGACGGAGCGGGACACGACCAGUGGGCGUUGGACCACGUGGAAGUCGUUCUUUGCGAUAUCCCUCCUCCCCCGGCAUUUCCCUCUGCUGUCACCCCCUCCUCCUCCUUCUCUUCCUACCACACUGUGAAGUUGAGAGAUAUUAUAUCACUGCUAAGCUGGCCAGCUAAUUGAAGAAGUGCCUCCCGGAUUCAAUGUGCCGACGGGAGGAUCGCUUCACUGCCGCCACCAGUACCAGUACCAGGAAGAAGACCAUGAUGAUAAUACUGACGAUAAAGAGGAAUAACGGCUGAUGAUGCUUAAAAAAAAAAGAGUACUGUGUUCUUGCUGUUCUGUAUGUCUGUGGGUUUUUUUGUGAUGAGUUGACUGUGGUGUUCUGUUCAUUCGUUUGUUCGUUUUCUACUAAUUCAUAUGCUUUGUUUUUUGCUGGGGGGGGUGGGUGGUUGGGUUUCAUUUUUUUUCUUUUCCUCACCCAUUCCGAGGUGGAUGUGGGCAGGGUGGAAUAAGCCCCGCCCCCCAAGCAGGAAAGAAAUAAAGCAAUUCGCAUGAGGAGGAAAAGAAAAGAAAAAUUAAGACUGAGCAAUUUUUUUUAUCAUUUUUUAUAUAUGUUGGUUCCCGAAAAAUACAGAUAUUUAUGGUAAAUGGUUCUCCACGUAACCUAUUUAAGAUGCACUGUGCGUGAAAUCUGUAUGUUAUUUUCUAGUGUUAAUUUAUUAGGCAGUCGAGUCAGGCUCUCAGACUGCAUCAUCUCCCCUCUCUCUCUCUCUCUCUCUCUCUCCUCUUGUGCUGUUUUCCCAUGCCCAUUUCUCUCUCUCUCUACUCUCUCAUUCUGCUGAUUUCUAAUACCUGGAGGUGAGGCUCUGUCAGUGUUGUUUUUUGAAGUCUGUGUAAUAAUGGAUCCUCUUCCCUCAGUGUAACUCCAGUAUAGCAAACUCCUGUAUAUAUAUGUAUAUCCACUAUGGGGAGACCCAGCAGCCUUAUAAAAGGGAAAUAAAGAACUGUCCAAACCUCA